AUUGGAGUCCGUCCGCAGGUAAUAUUUUUCCCCUCUUUCGGCUUAAUGAUCUUCCCUUCGCUUCUGUCUGGCCUGCUCCUCUUCUCUCCCCCGCUGCCUCUCCCAGCGGCCGCCAGUUUCGAUUCCGAAUACGCUGGCCGUAGUACGGCUGCUGUACGAUUACUUAGCUCUAUGGCGGCGCCGCCGGUGGCUAGGAAGGUGAGGCAUGAAAUGGAGAUGUUCGGCGACGUUCGUGUCGACAAUUACUACUGGCUGCGGGACGACUCUCGUUCGAAUCCCGAUGUUCUCUCCUACCUCAACUCGGAGAACGAGUACACCGAUCAAGCAAUGUCGAGUGUUAAACAGUUUGAGGAUAAGUUAUAUGCUGAGAUAAGAGGAAGAAUUGAGGAAAGUGAUAUCUCAGCACCUAUUCGGAGAGGGUCAUAUUAUUAUUAUGAAAAAACUUUGCAAGGAAAGGAAUAUAUUCUGCAUUGCAGGCGUCUUAUCACUGAUGAAACUUCUUCUGUGCAUGAUUUCAUGCCCAUAGGACCUGAAGCACCCAAGGAGCAAGUUAUUCUAGAUGAGAACGUUAAGGCUCAAGGCCAUGUUUAUUAUCGCAUCGGGGCUUUCAAAGCUAGCCCGAAUAAUAAACUUAUAGCUUAUGCUGAAGAUAUUAAAGGUGAUGAGAUCUAUACUGUUUAUGUGAUUGAUGCCGAUAAAGGUACUGCUGUUGGCAAUCCCUUGAAAUCAGUAACUUCAAAUAUAGAAUGGGCAGGAGAUGACACACUACUUUACAUUACAAUGGAUGAAAUCCUUCGUCCUGACAAGGUAUGGUCUCAUAAAUUGUUAUCAGAACAGUCAAGCGAUAAGUGUCUCUACCAUGAGAAGGAUGAUAUGUUUUCUGUUGAUCUCCAAGCUUCUGAAAGCAAACAAUACAUUUUUGUUGGAUCUGAAAGUAAAAAUACCCGGUUUCUAUAUUAUCUUGACAUUUGCAACCAAGAAGGUGGACUUAGGACUUUGACUCCUCGAGUUUAUGGUAUUGAUACGUCAGCUAGUCACCGUGGAAACCAUUUUUUUAUCAAAAGGAGAAGUGAGGAUUUCUAUAAUUCUGAAUUAGUUUAUUGCUCAGUGGACAACCCAUCUGAAACAAAAAUGUUAUUACAACAUCGAGAAAGUGUGAAAAUUCAAGAUUUUCAGCUGUUUAGCGGUCAUAUUGCUGUUUAUGAGAGGGAGAAUGGCUUACCAAUCAUAACUAUGUAUAGCCUUCCACCAAUUGGUGAAGCAAUUGGACCACUCCGAGAUGGUCGAACAAUUGAUUUUAUUGAUUCUAUUUACUCAGUGGAAACUGAAGAAUCAGAAUUUUCUUCUGCCAUUCUACGCUUUGCUUAUAGUUCGCUGAAAACACCUCCAUCUGUGUAUGACUAUGAUAUGAAUUCUGGCAUAUCUGUUCUUAAGAAGAUGAAGCCGGUAUUAGGUGGCUUUGAAUCAUCUAAUUAUGUGACCAAAAGAGAAUGGGCUGUCGCUUCUGAUGGCACCAAGAUCCCUAUUUCAGUUCUAUACAAUAAAAACCUUGCGAAGCUUGAUGGAUCUGAUCCUUUGUUACUUUAUGGAUAUGGUUCAUAUGAGGCAUGCAUAGAUCCCAGUUUCAAAGGGUCACUCUUAUCAUUGGUCGAUAGGGGUUUUAUAUACGCAAUAGCUCACAUCCGUGGAGGUGGCGAAAUGGGAAGAAAGUGGUAUGAAGAUGGAAAAUUGCUGAAGAAAAUAAAUACUUUUACUGAUUUCAUUGCCUCUGCAGAAUAUUUGAUCGAAAAUAAAUAUUGCUCAAGAGAAAAGCUUUCAAUCAAUGGAAGAAGUGCUGGAGGCCUAUUGAUUGGUGCUGUGCUAAAUAUGCGCCCUGAUUUGUUCAAGGCAGCUGUUGCUAUGGUUCCUUUUGUUGAUGUGGUCACAACAAUGCUUGAUCCAACAAUCCCAUUGACUACUUCAGAGUGGGAGGAAUGGGGUGAUCCUCGGAAGAGAGAAUACUACUAUUACAUGAAAUCAUAUUCUCCUUUUGAUAAUGUACGGGCGCAAAACUACCCCAAUAUUCUUGUUACUGCUGGAUUGAAUGACCCCCGUGUUUUGUACUCCGAACCUGCUAAAUUUGUGGCAAAAUUAAGAGCAACAAAGACUGAUGAUAAUAUGCUUCUGUUUAAAUGUGAACUUGGUGCUGGACACUUCUCAAAAUCAGGAAGAUUUGAGAAGCUGCGGGAAGAUGCAUUGACUUAUGCUUUCAUACUGAAGGCACUGGAUUUAGUUCCACAUGCUUCCUCCUAGUUAAGCUAUUUCUGGGCCUUUCUUUUUUCUGAACAUGCCUUUCACGCAUUUCUAUAUUUGAGCAUCUGUGUUUAAUUUAUUUCCCAUAUUUGUCCAUCUGCUGCAUGGUAUCCAUCCUAUUGAGUUGCCUACGGUUGAAACAACAAUUAUGUAUAUUUGGACGGUUGGGAUAAAAUAUUUCAAUGUUUGUUGGGUUUGUUAAG